CCAAAAAAAAAAAAAAACAUAAACAAAAAAUGUCUGCCUCACGUCGUUUGAGUCGCGAGCUGAGUGAUAUUGUUGCUGCCAAUUCGAAGAUCCUGCGAAACAUUGAAGCCUCCGACGAGUCGUUGCUUCUAUGGACAGGACUUUUGGUACCAGAAAAAGCGCCCUAUAACAAGGGCGCCUUUCGAAUUGAAAUUAGCUUUCCGACUCAGUAUCCCUUUAUGCCGCCAAAGGUACUCUUCAAGACGCAAAUCUAUCAUCCCAAUGUCGAUGAGAAAGGCGAGGUUUGCCUGUCAAUCAUCACUGCCGACAACUGGAAACCAACCACACGAGCCGACCAGGUUCUUCAGUCUCUGAUUGACAUUGUGCAUAGUCCUCAGCCCGAGCAUCCCUUACGCUCUGAUCUUGCCGAGGAGUUUGUCAAGGAUAACAAAAAGUUCAUGAAAACAGCAGAGGAGUUCACCAAAAAGAAUGCUGAAAAGCGUCCCUAACAAAAAAAAAAAAAUGUAUUUAAUUCUUUAAAAGGGUAUGACAGACAGACCGGGCUGCACAUUAUUUGUUAAUCCAAAAUUUUACAUAAAGAAAUGUUUAUAAAACGAUUUA